AUGAGAGCUGUGUCAUUCUUAUCACCUGCCGUAGCUUUAUUCUUAGGAAUAACUACGGUCGUCGCUGCUCCCUCCGAUUCCCAGAAGCCAGGCUUUCCCAAGGGUCAGCCCUAUGAUGGAAAGGGCAAGGGGGGCCCGAUUCUAGGCGGCACCAACAAGGAGCUCGAUCUCCAGAAUCCUGAUAAUCUCGGCAGCCAGCCGACUGAUAACGGUGUCGUUCCCAACCUCAAAUGGAGCUUCUCCGAUUCCAAGACGCGUCUUCUGAAAGGCGGCUGGGUCCGGGAACAGGUUAUUCAAGACCUUCCUUCCAGUCACGAUAUCUCAGGCGCUCAGCAGCAUCUCGUCAAAGGAGCUAUUCGUGAGCUUCAUUGGCAUCGCGUUGCUGAAUGGGGCAUUGUCUAUAACGGAUCUGUUCUCAUCUCUGCUGUUGACGAGUUUGGUCGCUAUCAGGAAGAGGUUCUUAACUAUGGCGACAUCUGGUACUUCCCCAAGGGAGCAGCCCAUACUAUUCAGGGCCUUGCCGAUGAGAAUGAGUACCUACUAGUCUUUGAUGAGGCGGACUUUGAUAAAGUCGGUACUACGUUUAUGGUAGACGAUUGGAUCAAUCACACACCCAAGGAUAUCCUGGCCAAGAACUUCGGUGUCGAUCCCAGCGUUUUCGAAAAUGUUACUAGCCCUAAUCCAUACAUUCUCAACGCCGAUGUUGCGAAGAAGAACGUCACCAAUGGCCCUGCGGGCACUCUUUCUGGCAACAGCUCUUUUGUCUACCGUACUUUCGAGCAUGAACCCGAGAAGAUCGGCGGAACAGGUGGCAAGUUCUACAAGAUCGACUCGACUAAUUUCCCAGCAUCAAAGACUUUGGCAGCUACCUUUGUAGUUCUCAAGCCUGGGGGCCUUCGUGAACUUCACUGGCACCCCAACGCUGAGGAAUGGUUGUAUUUCCACAAAGGCCAGGCCAAGGCUACGGUCUUUAUUGGAAAUGCUGCUGCCAGGACCUUCGACUUUUCUGCAGGAGAUACGGCAGCCUUUCCCGACAACUCUGGCCAUUACAUCGAAAAUACUUCAAAGGAUGAGGAUCUUGUUUGGAUUGAGGUUUAUAAGUCUGAUCGCGUCGCCGACAUAUCAUUGACCCAAUGGCUUGCCCUGACACCACCUGAAAUUGUUGCCCAGACACUUAAUGUCUCCAUCAGCUUUGUGGAGACCUUGAAGAAGGAGAAGCAGGUGCUUAUUGCGUAA